UCAUCACAAUGAUGAGGAGUUUGUUCACACUGGUGCUGGUUUACGGUGUAAUUCAUGUAAUCAAGGGCGGCGGUCAAUGGUCUUACGAAGGCAGUACUGGACCUGGAAAUUGGGGAGAUGUGUCAGAAAUCUGCGACAGGAACUCCCAGAGUCCAAUUGAUAUUCCUGAUCAAGUUUAUUAUAACCCUGAAUUGGGAGGAUUCAAUUUCAACAACUACGACAUAACCACAUAUUUCACACUUAGGCUUCACAACAACGGACAUGGAGCCACAGUUGACAUCGCUUCCGGUACCCGGAGUGUGACAGUAAGCGGAGGCGGUUUGAAUGGGAUAUACAAAGCUGCUCAGUUUCAUUUCCACUGGGGCUCCGAUGAUAACCAGGGAUCAGAACACACUGUAAAUGGAAGAAAGUAUCCAAUGGAGUUGCAUAUUGUCCACUACAAUACCAAAUACGAGAACAUCUCUGUGGCUAUAGACAAACCAGAUGGAUUGGCUGUUCUUGGAGCGUUCUUCGAGAUAAGUUCUGCUGACAACCCCGAUUAUUCCCCUAUCGUAGGUGGUCUGUCAGAGAUACCUGACUACAAGGACGAAAAGGCUCUUCAGUCUUUCGAUUUGAUGAAAUUGUUACCAGCUUCUACUACCCUCGGACAUUUCUACCGUUAUCAGGGAAGUUUGACCACGCCCAAUUGCUAUGAAAGUGUGACAUGGACAGUGUUUGAGGCUACAGUUCCUAUAUCAGGUCAUCAGUUGGAGCAAUUCCGUACUUUGAAAGACAAUCAGAAUAAGACGACUGUCAAUAACUACCGCCCAGUGCAGCCACUGAAUGGAAGGAAAGUCUACAUCAGCUAUCAACCAAAUCCAGCAUCUUGGACAUACGUGGGCGCCAAAGGUCUUGAUUAUUGGUCUAGUGUCUACCCUAUCUGUGCGGACAAUAGCCAAAGUCCCAUCGACCUGCCGCAGAAGUCUUUAAUGGCCUAUCGCUCAGACCUCGGUUUGUUUGACAUGACGAACUACGACAAUGCCACCAUACAUGAACCAUCCAUUUCCAACAACGGACACGGAGUGCAAGUGAAUUUUGGUGGAAACGUUCAUGUAACGACGAGAAAUGGUGGUCUACCGGGAACAUUCAAACUUGCACAAUUUCACUUCCAUUGGGGAGCGAACAAUGGCAUGGGAUCCGAGCAUACCUACAACGGCAAGGCCUAUCCGAUGGAGGUUCACUUCGUUCACUACAACAUGAAGUAUGGUUCCUUAACAGAAGCCGUCGACAAGGCCGAUGGUCUUGCUGUCUUCGGCUUCUUCUUUGAAGUUGGACAUACCCUUAACUGUAAUUACAACCCAGUUGUUGACAACCUACAUUUAAUCAAAUAUCCUAAGACUAGUGCUAGCAUUGACUCCUUCAAUAUCAGAUACAUGAUGACUGAAGACAUGUCCCGUUACUAUCGCUACAAGGGCAGUCUUACAACUCCACCAUGUUACGAAAGUGUCACGUGGACUGUGUUCGAAGAAACCAUCAAAAUCUCCUCAGAACAGCUUGCCAAGUUCCGUGAAGUGUUUGACACCGAUGGCAAAAGGACUGUGAAUAAUUACAGACCACCACUUCCACUCGAAACCAGAAUCGUUUAUGUUAGUUACGACAACUACCUCGGUACUUCUGCAGCGCCAUCUAUAUCCGCUACACAGUUCUUGAUUACACUUCUUGUUACCGUUGCUGUGAUGUUCCGUUGA